AUGAGAGAUGUGACUGUAGAUGGAAUUCCAAAUAUUGCUACCCAUCCAGAAACAAAGGCUUUGACAACUGUUUCUGCUGUUGCUUCACUGAUUGGUAUAGCUUCUGGCCCGCGUGUGAAGCGGUCGAUGCACGUAAGCAACUUGGAUGUACUGGAGGACCCCAUGCAAUGCAAAGAUGGGCAUAACUUCUGUAAAGAUUGCAUUACACGAUGUCUGGGGCACAAACAGAUAUGCCCCUUGGGUACCAAUGCACUAGAACUCGAUAGCCUUUCACGAAAUUUGUUUGCUGAAAAUAUGGUAAACAACCUUAAAGUAUACUGUCAUCUACCAGAGAGUGAUGGACAAUCAGCGGCUAACACAGACACAGAGGCAUAUGAGCUCAAGUGUGACUGGACCGGAGAGCUACAGUCACUUGCCCAACACAGAGAAACUUGUCCUUUCCAACAAGUACAGUGUCCUAAUGUGAACUGCAACGCCAACAUACAGAGGAGAGAACUGGAGGAUCAUGAUAAGAUAUGCGAGUAUAAAGUCGUGGAAUGUGAGAAAUGUACACAAGCUCUGGUCCGACUUGAGGUACGGUUUCACAACAAAAUUUACUGUCCAGAAGAGGUGGUUCCAUGUCCUAACGGCUGUAGAAGUCUAGAAACUGGACAAAUAAACGAGAUAAAAAGGAUUAACUUAGACAACCAUACAAGAAAUGACUGUGGCAAGACAAUACUGGACUGCCCAUUCAAGGAUCAGGGAUGUUUAGUCCAAGUCGAACGACAACAUGUCGAUAAACACGUACAAGACAACAUGGCUGCACACAUGAUGUUACUGGCCAAACAAUGUUCAUCGCUCACUAAACAGAAUUCAUCACUUACCGAACAGUGUUCGGCACUGAAACAAAACGUUUUGUCUCUUACUGAAGAAAAUCGACUUCUAAAGGAUGAAGUUAAGCAACAAGGAAACAGCUUUUGGCAAAACAAAAAGGUUUGA